AGAGUUAUAAAUAAGAUAAUUAAUUACUGUUUUUAAUAAAAAUAGUCUAUUUUAAUUGAUUUUAAUUGGUUUUAAAAAAUCACAUGAUUUGAAAUGGAAAUAUUUUCGCGCUACAUCUACGUCACGCGUAUGACGUCACAAGUUGGCUGCAAAACUAAUGUAACAUGCAAAAUGUCAGAUUCAGAGGUAAAAAUUAGACAAAGCAUUUCGAAACGUUGGUGUUUUGUGCCUGGAUGCACAAAUACAAAUUUAAAAACACCAAAUAAAUUAUUUAUUUGUGUUCCGAAAGGAAACGAAAGAAAAAAAUGGAUGAAAGUAGUGAGGCGAGAUCCAAACGAAUGUUCUUUAACAUCAGUAAUGUUUUGUUGUGAAGACCAUUUCACAUUGCAGGAUGAUUUAGAAAAUUACAUGAGAGUAAAAUUGGAUCCAACCUCGAGAAUUUUACUUAAAAAAGGAGUAGUGCCGCAUAUUUUUGAUUGUCAAGAGGAUCGUCAACGAGCAUUUUCUAAACCUAAAAGACGAGCAAUUUGCAAGCUUACUAAUGUAAGAAAUUUAAAUGAAAUGGAACAGGAGAUGGCUAGAGAAAAUUUUGAAGUCGAAUCUGUGGUCAAUGAUAAGAACUUGCUUUCUCUGGAAAAUGAGGAAACUGAACAAAAUGUAGUUAAUGAAAAAAAUGAGUUUCUUGCACAAUUUAAUGUAAAUAAUAUCACUGAAAAAAAAGAUUGCGGUGUUCAGACAUUGCAAAUUCAAAAACCAUAUUAUCGCAGUAAAGGCACUUCCUGUUGUCCAAAAACAAAAAAUGUGGCAUGUUCACCUAUUAAACAGUUAAAUAAGCAGACUUUAAAUAAUAAUAAUAUAAGUUUAGAUUCACGGAAUUGUGAACAAACCUCUGAGCCUGAUUUACAAAUAAAUUCAACUAUAAGUAGCACUAGUUCUAUUUUAUGUUCGUCUUGUGCAUCAACAAGAAAUUCGGAUAUAACGUACAUUCCUGAUAACGAAGAACUAAGUAGAGAAGAAUCUGCGUUCUUAGACUGUGAAAAAAAGGAAUUAUAUCAAAAAGUAAAAAUGAUGCAAAUUAUGGAUCAUCCGAAACUUUUCAUGUGCAUACCAACAGAAGCUAUUUAUAUAUUGAAAUUGUUAAGCGAUGAGACUAAAAUUAAUAUUAAAAAUAUUUGCAUCGUAUUAACAAAAAUGAAGACCAAUGAUUCUUUUGAGAGGAUAGGAAUUGAAUUCGGACUAAGUACUUCUGAAGCAAAUAAAAUUUUCCGACAAAGUGUACCUCUAUUAGCAAAUUGUUGUAAACAAUUAAUUAUAUGGCCAGACAAAGAAAAAAUAAAAGCUCUUUUGCCAAUAGCUUUUCGAUCUAGAUAUAGCAAUGUUCAAAGCCUCCUUGAUUGUUUUGAAAUUUCGACUCAGAAACCCAGUAAUCCAGUUCAUCAAGCUCUUACGUAUUCCGAAUACAAAAAAGGCAAUACAGCAAAAUAUCUUAUUUCAUCAACUCCGGAUGGCCUUAUAAAUUUUAUAUCAGAAGGUUUUGGAGGAAGAACAUCGGACGUAUUGAUAGUAGAAAAAUCGAAUUUUUUAAAUGCCUUGCCACCAAACUCGGCAGUUAUGGCUGACAGAGGUUUUAAAUUUAUUGAUAAAUUUCUACAAACAAAAAACUGUACUUUGGUACGUCCACCUAGUGUUAGUGCUAACAAAAAAUCAUCUAAAGAACAAGUAAUUGAAACUAGAAGAAUUGCAAGUUUGAGAAUUCACAUAGAGCGUGUUAUUUGCAGAAUAAGAUAUUUCGAAAUAUUCAAGCCUCAUGCUUGCAUUCCUAUUGAAACUUUGGAUAUCAUUGACCAAAUGCUUGUAAUUGCAGUUAGCAUAAUAAAUCUUCAUGCAGUCGUUAUAAGGCAAUAAAUCGC